CCGAGGCAGCCGGGGGCCCGCGCCGAAGCCGCCGCCCGCGCUGAGCCGCGGCCCGCGCCCGGCGGCAGCAUGAGCCAAGCCGAGCUGUCCACCUGCUCGGCGCCGCAGACGCAGCGCAUCUUCCAGGAGGCCGUGCGCAAGGGCAACACGCAGGAGCUGCAGUCGCUGCUGCAAAACAUGACCAACUGCGAGUUCAACGUGAACUCGUUCGGGCCAGAGGGCCAGACCGCGUUGCACCAGUCUGUCAUCGACGGCAACCUGGAGCUAGUGAAACUGCUGGUCAAGUUCGGCGCGGACAUCCGCCUGGCAAACCGCGACGGCUGGAGUGCGCUGCACAUCGCCGCGUUCGGCGGCCACCAGGACAUCGUGCUCUAUCUCAUCACCAAGGCCAAGUACGCCGGCGGAGGCCGGUGAUGCCGGUCCAGACCCCGGCCCGCACGCGGGCCCCGCGCGCGUCCUCCUUGCUGUACCUUCCCGCCAACUACCUCGGUGUGCGCCCGGCCCUCGGCGCCCGCGGCCACCACGAGUCCGGCGCGCACGUCCGUGCCCACGGGGGCCGCGCCCGCCCGCCCGCGGCCGGGGGCCAGGGCCGC